CAGCGCACCGAAACGGAAGGUAUUUUGUGUGACUGACCCACCGAAAGUUGAGCGUGUGCCGCGUGUGGAUCAUGGAAUCCAUCUGGGAAAACAUAAGCACGGCACUGGAGCUGUCGCCCGAAGUAUCUUCGAAGUGGCUUCGAAAGCUACGGACCCAGUACUCGGAGGGCCAUCGGCACUAUCACAACGAGUCGGAACUGAUCCGUAGGAAAGUGACCCAUCUUACCGGAGCCAGUGUGUGCCUGCAGCUGGCUACACUUUUUCAGUACUACCAUUUCGAGGCCGACAAAGACUGUGUGACGCAAAAUUGUGCCGCCGUGGACGAGUUCUUUGUCGAUGCCCAGUUGGAUAAUAAAGACCUCGAAGCCGAUGUGAAGCGAUUGUUGGGUGACAUGAAGGCGGAUGCGCACGAUCUGCCGGAGGAGGAUGUACAAUUUUUCCAGGAUCUAGAUUUGCUCGUACUAGGAAUACCGGCGGAAGAGUAUCAAAAGUACACCGAACUGCUGCGCAACGAGUGCCAAGUGGCAGGCACAAGUUCCUACGAUAGAAUGCGACUGAAGCUACUUCAAACGCUGAGCCGCAUUCCGUGCAUUUACUCAACGAAAGAGUUUAGUGAACGGUUCGAAACCCUGGCCAGGCGCAACAUUGAGCAGGAAAUAGCCGAUCUACAGCGGAAGUAGAUCGGCUUGACCAACUUACCUCUACAGAAAGUAUUAAACUGUUUGCUGUGUUCACUUCGAUCAUGUAUCGUGUGUGGUGUGUGUGUAAAUGUUCUAUAACAAUGUUUAACGGUUCGAGUCACACGGAUGUGUUUUCCGCCGAAUAAACGAUCGUAUUAAACCGGAAAAAACGCGUUUAUC